UGUAACUAUAAAUUGAUUGUACACUUUCAGAUGUGGAACUUAUAUUGUAAAAUGGUCAAGAUCAUUGUAGUGCUGAGCAUUUUACAUGUUUUCGGAAAAAUUGGUGGCAUAUUCAUCACUAACACUUUGAUGACAAAACAUAGGAUCUUCAGAAACUUAUCACGAUCAGCUCUCAGAGAUAAAGCGAAGGAGGGCGGGAGACGAUAUUACGCCAGUUUUGAGGAUUAUCCAUAUGUGGUGAUAGGGUAUGGAAGGCACCAGUGGCACGGCCGGCUGUUCACGGCCUCAGUACUAUCCAAGGAGUGGGUGCUCACUUGCGCACACUGCUCGGAGUACAUUCGGGGCCCGCGGAUCUGGUACGCGGGGUUCGACAAACCGCUCACUGAUACCUCACCCAGCGUCAAAGUACUCGACAUCUUCUUGCACCCAAACUAUUACGCAUAUCUAGAGAUAGAAAACAAAUGGACCAUGGAUAAUGACAUCAGUUUACUGCGCAUAGAACCUUUAAACGAACAUGUUUUCGGAGUGCUGUGUUCUGUGGAUUACACAUCAUUGUUGGGUCUACACGUGACGUAUGUGGCUUCUGGUAUCACCGCGAAUUCGGAGGAACAAGUGAAGAACUUACUGGACGUGGCUGAUGCUGCAAUUGUUAAUUGCAAUGACAAGUUCCGAGGGUUCAAUAGACAUUUGAUCUGUGCUACUCCGAAAUGUAAGGAAAGAACCACAACCGCGGAUGCUGGUGACUCCGGUAGCCCAUUGUUCUUCGAUGGUAAAAUAGUUGGAGUAUUGAGUUACUUUUACUAUAACGAGUAUCUUGUACGGAAUGCUUACACUCCCAUUAGCCCCUAUAUAGAUUGGAUAUCGUAUACAAUACGAAAUAAUUCAAAAGUUAUUGACGAUAAUUUACGAAAUAAUCCAGAAGAAUAUGACGAAACUUGAAACUAAUUGUGAUUUAAGUUUACUAUUUUAAUGUGCUAUAAUUACUAUAAUGGACAAGCAGGCGACGUUCUCAAUAAUUAAAAUUGAUACCGUAAAUAUAAUUAUAGCAUAUUGAAUACUAGGUUUGAACAAAUUUCAUAAUAUUAUAUUUUAGACCUAUUUAGUA